AUGGCUUAUCGACCGUAUCACCCGUCUUCUCCCGGCUGCGAAAUGAAGGUAACAGAAGAAAUUUCCGUUUUAAAAAUCUACCCAAUUCCCAAGCAUGCUAAAAUUGAUAAAAAUAAAUUGCUUAUAAGAGGUUAGAUAACAACAGAUGUGGACCUGCUAACUCUUCCAUCCACUCCUGUGCCAAGAACGUUAUCAAGGUCGUCACGUGCACUAAAAAUGAUGCUUUAGUUCGUCGGCUUAUUGUGUCCUAUUAAAUUUAAAAAUCUGUAUGAAUAUGAUCACAGCAUGUAGACGUUAAAUAUUGUGUUUGUCAAUGGGCUUUGGAAAUCUUAGUAUUUGUGCAAGAAUGAUUUGCGCAGAUGACCAGCUGAGUGUUAUGGAUAAUAUCUGCUGAAAAGUUCAUAACAUCAGUCGCCCUGAAAUACAAUCAAAUGAUAAGAAAAUAAGGUUUACUCUAAUGUAUGCAAUUUACAGCAACAACACUUACAUUGAUCAGCAUUGCUGCUCAAGAAAAAAUGGCCCUCAAAGCUAAGGAUAACUUACGCCAUCUGCGAAAACAUUUUAUGCGGGUGUUUUAUGAGAUUUCGACUUCGCUCUUUUCGAUGUUUUCGCGUUUUUGCGACAUUCUUCAAUGUUCGGGUUCCGUACAGAGUCGUGCUUUGUGAUUAUUCCGCGCGAUCGGUAUCAUGGAAGGUACUUUGCAUUGUCUAGAUACAGACUGGAUGUUACAUGGAUUUACAUCUAAUUCUUUAAGUGUACUUAAAAGUCAUGAAUUGAAGCCGGCAAAAUAAGGAUAAAGGUCCCAAAAAAGACGUCUCUUCAAUAUAUUUGUGAAACCUUAUUUGCAUCAUAGAAUGGCUUGUUUUAUUUGAUUCGUUUAUACAAUGUUUAUAAACAGACGAUAUAGUUUAAUAAAUAUUGAUUGAAAGUGAGUGAUAUUGACUCCAGGCAAUGGUGAUACAAACGGUUUGACGUAAUAGCCACAACUGAUUCCGCGCUUUUCCUGCCAAUCUUACACAUCUCUACCCAAUAAGUCUACCACUUGGUGGUUUUUAAAGUCGUCUCACUUCUGCAUACUGAAAUAUAGAUUCUUUUACUUUUGUUGAAAGACUUCAUGUAGUUAAAAGGCCACAUUUUUACUCCAGUUUUACUAUACAAUUUCAUGAAUUCGCUUUAUGGCAUAACCCGGGGGUACUCCCGGGAAUUCUUCGUGGGCUCGUGCCUCCCGGUUCUUCAAAUCCUCACCCUAUUUCAGAUAAAAAAAAUGUCAUUUUCCACAUCCGUUUUCAGACCUGGCUUCACGUUUACAUUGGCAGAAAUAAUGUAAUCAUUGUUAGAUUAAAACAUGGCCGUCGAAUGGCCAGCAUACAGAUUUCCUAAUCCAUGUUAAAUUCGCAUAUUACUCUUUCGUUCUUAUUUUCAUUUUGAACGACAAAUACGUUCGCGCAGUCCCAUAGUUCCCUCCAAAAACCUUAAUCCGAUUCCUGUCCAAAAUGGGCAAAUUCUCCACCUGUUUUCAGACCGAAAUGGACACAAAAACCAUACCUUUUGGGGUGGCACAUACCAAUAUGGCUUAUACAAGGGAGUACCCCCCCGGCUCGCGUAAUCGGCUUUGCAUACUGAAGCAGCUAGACGGAUUAUAGAAUUGUCCAUAUGGCAGACUUUGAUAAGUCAAGGAGAGUUAUCCAAUUAUAAACUUGACCUGAGGUGGCGAUCGCCCUGCACGAAAGAUCUGGUAGGGCCACUAGCUGUAGAAAGUCUGUGUCUCUCUAAACAUGCAGACCACGAAAUGUGUAUAAAGUAGUUUUAAUCAAGGUUGUUUUUUGACAAGAGAGGAUGAAGGGUUGGCGAGCCUUAGUUUUACAAAAUGACGGGAAUUUCAAAUUUUAAAACGUCGUACAGUCAAACCCCGUAAAUAUAGACGGUGAGGGUGGGGGUAUAAAAAGUGUCCACAUCACGGUGGGUACGUAUUAAGCGGGUUGAAUUUAGAGAAAAUGUGAGGGCUUACUUUUCCGAGGGCUAUCCGUGAUAACCAGGUGUCUGUAUAAGCGGGUGUCCGUAAAGCGGGGCUCGACUGUAUCUUUUUGGUGGAUAAACUUAAUUUCUUUUUGUUUUAGUCGUGAGAUGUUUAUAAAUAAUUUUUGAGAUUUCAUGUUUUUGAUAAGACAUCUCAUAAUAUGCUGAGUACUAGAGGAACACACUUCCAAAUUCCUCAGCUCGUGACUAUGAGCAAUAACCUUACGCAUGCCGCCAUGGACAGCUGUUUAAUUUCGUCCUUCUCAGGACUUAUCAGUAUGGCAUGCCCCCCUUCCCGCCCCUAGGCAAAUGAGUCACAUCUCAGACCCCGCCAACAUUUACUGCCGAAGCGAGCGCAAAAACACUCUAUGUUGUGGCUGUUUCUUGGAAACAACGCAAAACAGUUUUAGACAAGCUUAAAAAUAUGAUCUAUUUGUUCCCAGGGAUCAGCUUGUAAGCAGAUCGGUGUCAGAGAGAAAGUGUAUAGAUUAGACCGAACUCAGCAAGAAACACACUCUAGCAAACCCCGUGGCAUGGCCAAUCUUCAGGUCAUUUUCGGGCAAAAAUUUUAAGAACUUAAGAGAAAAAGUUAAAAGUAAAAAAUUAUAGGAAAUAACGAUUUUGGAACAGAACUAACUUCUCAAAAGUCACAUUCACCUGGAAAAUUUUCCCGUGGGAGAAGCUGAGAAAAAGAAUGGUAAAUAAAUCACAUAGCCUGCUAGCAAGCGUUUCCGCUCGAGUUCGUCUAGAAAGUUGGGACAAGAGCAAAAAAGAGGAAUAUUGGAAACGGUUGCCACGCAGCGGGCUAUAAAUCACACGCAGAUGCCUUCUAGUCCCUGUUUGUAGCCAGCCGCGGGGGACUUGCACUAGGACUGGCGAAAGGUGACUCUGUGCAGACUACGACGAUUGAAGUGCAAUGCAGCGAAACUUCUUACGGGCCCUGUCUGCAUUAAUGUGGAGAUUUUUGAAUCCAGAUAUAUUUUUACCUGGAUUCGUGUCGACGGGGCCUUAAAUCAAUCUGGAGAGCGGUUUCAAGAUGUGGUUUCGUUGAGUUUCACUGGUUUUUUGCGGACGGAAGGCCAAUUUGUGUAAAAAAAAAAUGCCGUGUUAGGAAAUAUUCAGAUUCGUGUGGACGCCGCCUUAGAACCAGUUCUCCGCCUCCAGUUCACUGCAGUUUUUUUUAAAAUAUUAAAAUACCUUUAUGUAUCAAAAACGAGAAGACCAAAGACUGCUGCAAAGCUGAUUCAGAACUACGUGUAUUGUUUUUUCAUAACAAUAUUUCGGCUGGUCAUACCAGCCUUCUUCAGGUUUACAGAUGUUACUGAACUUAUGUAGGAAUCUCAGAGGUAUGCAAUUAAGUAAAUUAAUAGGCCCCUAUUAACAAGUAAUAAUUAUAGUUUUUGUUGCAAGUUGUUCUGAUUGGCUCCAAGUAUAAAGGCCAUAUCUACCUUUUCUUAGCUGAAAGGUUCUACAUUGUUAUGCAAAUUAACCUUUCACUUUUGAGUGUUUUACUUGGACAAUACGAUGCAAAUUGCGUAGUGUGUUUGAAUUCGAUAGCUUUGGAUAACACUACUAAACAAAGCGAGACGAUUUCUAUUUACGCGUCCGUUCACAGUGACACGCUUAAGUUAGCUUCUUCACCAACUCCUACAGGAAAACGAGCUGGCUUAAAAAGGUAACCUUCACAUCUCUUGCAUGAAUUUUCAGUAACAGACUAAAUUGGAACCGAGCACGAGGUUUGUCAGCUGAUAAUUUGGUCACAAUUCCCAACACUUCAUAAAAAACCCGACGUAUUAGCACAUUAAGUUAAGAGAAUUUGCUUUCGACCUGUAAGUCACUUGAAAAGAGCGUACUAAGUUUAUAGGCUACAGGAAUGGAAGUGAAAUCCACUAGAGUAGCUGUUGCAAAUGAUUAUUUGUCUAAUACUGAGUAGUGGAAUGACGAUUCUUUGAACUCCUCGGGGGAAUGUAAUUUGGUUCGAAUUAUCAAGCAGCUCGAAAACUCAGGCUUAAACCACGUUGAUUGUUUGAUUGGGAGUGGAAAGUCAGUUUUAGUUCAACGGGAGUUUUGAACUGUUGUAUUUAUACCUGUCAACUCGACCGUAUAUACGCCUUAGAUGUGAGUUAGGCACCUGCUGAUCGAAAUUCAAUUCCGGAUCUCGUGGCCUACGGAUCAAUUUCUUACUCCUGGUGGAACAAUUGGAGGUAUAUUACAACUUCAACUAAAACUUUUGUCGGAAAAUAUACAAAAUAAUUGAUAAACUCGAACCAGAGAGAGAAAAGAAGAGUCCGUUUCUCGAAAUGCCCGAUUUUGGAUGAGAAAGCCCUGAAUUAUGAAAACUUCGUAAAUCUCCGAAACUUUUUCGGAAAUCUGACAUGAUCGCGUCCUCUACGAAAAAUCAAACUCUAAAGGAUGAAAGAUCUUACGUCGACUCAAUCAAAAAUAGCCCCAGGGUCGUCCUCGGCAAUUUUAGGUGUGACGUGACAUCACCUGCAUUCGCUGUUGGUAUUGUAAUGUAUAAUGUCCCGGAUGUGCUGAACAUCUGCCGGAUGUGCUCUGCCUAAUGCUGAUUUUUAGUAAAAUCGAACUAGUGGUCUAUUAUCAAUGCUGCGUUCUGAUUGGUUGAGCUUCUACUAGGCCAUAUGUUAUAGCCCACCAGUAGCGAAAAGCGCGGGCUUUUUGUCGGCAAAAAACGAUUAAAGUCUAGCUAUAACUAGUUAAAAGUUUUUUAUUCUCGAUAUUUUUUACCAACUAGUUGGAUUUUACUAAAACAAUUAUUCCUCUCGCCCUCAUGGCCUCUGAGUCAGUAGCCCAUUCUGCCUUCGGCCUUAUGGGCUACUGACUCAGAGCCCAUUCGGGCUCGAGAAAUAAUUGUUAAAUACUCGAGUGGCUUUGGGAUCGUUUUGAGGCACUAUCACGUGAUCAUAAUUUCGCGCCAAAUAAACGCGGCCGCUUCCGAGAAGUGCACGGACCUUUUCUUGAAUAAGCUGGAAGUUUGCUAACUCAAAAACUUAAAGGCAUUAGCUGAACUGCGAAAACACUUGGAUGAAGCUCGUAUAAAAGAUUCUAAGAAGUCAAGGAAACUGGCUAUUUCAGAGAAAAAACGAAGCUUCCAGCGUGUAAGCUUUUAAAAUAGCUCUUACCGUAACAUGGCGUCUUUCUUGCUUUUACUUUCCUUUGAAAACAAUUACACUUCACCCUCCAGUUCUAAGCCAAAUAUACGCGAGUUAGUUCCUUGGGUCAAAUUGGCUCCUUUUUUGUAGCAUUGACAGCAGCAAACAACAGUUUGUUUUUCUUUUAGAUGGCAGGAAAGUGGGACAAAGGACUUGCAAAGGAAAUUUGUUCUUGGAUUCAGAGAGCUACUGGUGUCUCAGUACCUUCAGAUGAUCCUUCAGAUUUUGCCGAAGAACUGAAGAACGGCCAAACUCUUUGCCAGUACGGUCUUAUUAUUGUCUUUGUAAUUUUUAAAAUGUCGUAGAGACUACAGUCAACUCUCUCUAAGACGGACACCUUUGGGACCGGCACUAAGUGUCCGUCUUAGAGAGGUGUCCGUCUUAUAGAGAGUCAAAUAAAAGGAGUAAAGAAAGGCAGGGACCAACUCUAGGUGUCCGUUUUACAGAGGUGUCCGUCUUAUAGAGGUGUCUGUUAAGAGAGAGUCGACUGUAUAUAAAAAGGAACUUUUGUCUUUCUCGGGGUUGUUGAGUGAUAAAGACGUUGUGACGGUGUAAAUUUAAUUACAAAGGGCUGACUCAGUUAGAAACUCUGUAACGAAAAAAAACGAGUGUUUCCUUUCAAUUUUUUUUGUUUCAAAUAACUAACAGUGAGCAUGCAAAGACCUCACUGGGGUGGGGUGGGGGGGGGGAGGGAACAAAGCCCUUUUCAUUUGCAUAAGAAAAAAAAUAAGUAUUUGUUUCAAAUCUAAUCAUUGUUAUCAGAUUCAAUAUCUGAUUGAAAAAGGUUUUUUCUUACAAGGUUGGCAAACAAACUCCAACCAGGGGCAAUCAGGAAAAUCAACAAACUGAAGUCACCAUUUCAGAUGGUAAGUCAGUCUCAGAAAAAAAAAAACUGGAAGGAUAAAACGAUAACAACAACAGCAAUAAACAGUUUAAAAUAAUGCAUGUUUUUCUAGAAGGGGCUGUAUUGUCCAGACUUGGAGCCGUGUACUAGGUAAAAACGUAACGAUGUAUUUAAAUCUAUUACGCUCAUGUCUCAAGGAAAUUUCAUUAUAAGGCAUGUUUGUAAUUAAGUUGAAGAAAAUUUUUUCGUUUUUCACGUCGUUCGUCCGCCUUUUUUUCCCUUCUCUCUUUCCUUCCUUCUUGAUUUCAUUCCGGAUUUAUCUCCAUUUUGACAAGAGUCUCUCAGUUAAAUGAAGAGUCAAAUACCUUGUAAUCUCUUUGCAGAUGGAAAAUAUAGGUUGGUUUAGUGAUUUUGUGACCGCAUAUGGUGUUCAAGCUGAGUAUGGUUUUGUCACAGUAGAUUUGUAUGAAAAACAGAACGUCCAUCAGGUAAGCAAUUUAAAACGAGGAUCCUCACUUUUCUGCUAAUCAGAAAUAAAACCAACUUUUAUUGCUACUUAUCAUGACUGAAAAAGGAUCGAGCGCAACAAGACGCGUUUCAAAACCUUACAAUGUUUACAUGAGGCCAUCAAACCAGGCACCACUGGUUGUUCAAAUGUUUUCCGCCCAACCCAUUUUUAAAGGGAAAAGCCCUGGGGACGAGGUUGGUACGCUGGUCAUCUUCAGAGACCCAGCGCAGCCAGAGACAUUUUCGACUCGUUCUUCUUACUCAGUCAUCAAAAGAGAAUAAGGUCCCAUCAUUCUCUUUUGUGCUCACUUAAGAAUAGGCAGGGGCACCCAACGUCUAUUUUCGGAAAAUAUUUGUCCGGAAGACGAUUUGAGAUCUAGAAUUUUCGGAACAUUUUUUGUAAAAUUCCUUGCUUGUCUGUCUCUCCUAGGAUUUUCGAACAGCUAAAAAAAGGUAUAAUUGACUAUUUUUAACGGAUUUUUACCAUAAAAAGGUCACCUAGAAUUUUCGGGAGCCUUUUUUCUGCUUGAAAUUUUCGAAUAGGUAAGUUUUGAUCCCUACAAUUUUCGGAUCACUAGACUUUCAGCUAGGAAAUCCGAACAGAGAAAACAUUUUUAGGGGAUAAAAAUAUGCCUAUAUCUACCGUUUAAAUACUAGAAUACGUUUAACAAUGCUAUAUUUUAGUGGUUUUGAACUAUAUUCUCGUUGGGUGCCCCUGAACAGUCACAGCUCCACCUUGAGCGCGCCAGAAAUCAUUUUGCCUCUUGGACUGCGAAGGUUUAAAUGGGGGCAGUAUGAGUAGCGCGCACUGCGAGUUCCCGCCAUUUUGCCCUGGCAUUUCAAUCCCCCUUUUUUCUUGUUGAUGCAUCUGUUAGACUGAGGGGAUAGUCAGGGCUUCGCCUGAUUUCUGUUGCAUAAAGAACAGAAGAAGGACUUUUUCUCUAAUUUCUCAAAUUAGGAAAUGAUCAGAUAAAAACUGUGCAAACUAAGUUUUAUGGAUGAAAGUGAAAUAAAAGUACAGUUUCGAUGGGAGCUAUUUAAAUAAUUUACCUAUUAGUCAAAUUUGAUUUUUCCCGUUUCGUUCCAUGGCAGGUUCUUAUAGCUUUAAAAUGGCUAAAAGUGGAGGUACGUAUCUGUUGUGUCUUUACGGAUUUAACCAAGGAUGAUUCGGAUUUAACCAGGAUUUCACCACUAACACGCACCAUUUCUUACUCGUUCACACAUGUGUAUUCUAAUCAUCAUAACAGUCAAUGCGCAUACUCGAUGAUACAAGCAUCGGGGGGCGGGGUGGGUACAGUAUCGUCUUGACGCGGUCCUCUUGAACUGGGCAUUCGCCAUCUUACGUGGUCAUACGAGCCAAUCGUAGGGCAAAGGAAGUACAUUCAUUUCUCUCUUAUUUUAAGACCCUGAGUAUUGGUCCAGCCCCGGAAAUCGUACCCACGACCUCCCGCUCUGCAGUCAAGUGCUCUACCGACUGAGCUAACCCUGCCGCGGUUACACUUGGAGAUAUGUGUAUUUGAAGAAAUAUAAUUCCGGCUAUUAUAAAUGAUCAUGACCCCAAGAGAACAAAAUGAGACAGACAGAAUUUGGGUUUUUUUUCACAGUUUUAUGUUGGCGUUGAUUUACAUUUCUCAGGUGUUGUUUUUCCACUACGUUCAGUCUCAUUCCCAGUCAGUUCUCUGUUGUAAAUUAGACCCAGGUUCAACAGACACAGCGCAUCUUUUGCGAUACUUUAAGUUUGGUUUUUCACUGGUGAACAUCUGGCGCCAAAUUCUCCUCCUCGUAUUUUUCCCGGCCAUCGCGUGCAUCUUCUGCAAAAACUGAAAGCAGUUGGUUCAUGGAUUGACUCCGCCUUAUUAUUUGAACAAAGUAAUAACACUGGCUUUGGCUCAACAACAAAGGGGCUGUGUACAUGAAGGGAGGAAUAUCCUAGUACCAGGAAGAUUCUAGAAGGCGGAAAAGCUUUACGUUGGGUUUUACAUGCAGAAAUUUAAGUCUGUGUGGCGUCCACUAGAGAAGGUUCGGGAAGGAAUUAAAAAUGGCGGGCGACAAAAACAAAAAUGCAAUUUGGGCCCUUCUGCUCUCUUUGCCUCCGUUAAUGACCACCUUUUAGCAGAACUAUUACAAUAAUCAGCUUGUGGUAUCGCUGUGAUUAGCCACUAACGUUCCGCCUCCAUUCUUCUUUGGUUUGUCCCUAGUGUUAGUAUCUUCAUAGCGAAGGUAGAGUACAAUAGUGCCAAGGUCUUCCUAUUACUAGGAUCUUCCUACUUGUUAGCUAGGAAACCCGGGGGGGGGGGGUAACUCCGCAUAUGAAAGGGGUGGGGAUGCGCGUCGGAAAUUUUGAAUUAAACCCCUAAAGGCCGGACCGAUCUGGGCGUGGCCCAAGCUUUUUUUGACCCCUAAAAGAGCCCAUGUUAAAACACAGACAACAUAUAUAUUUUUAUAUUUUUUGGCGUGCAACUCUAAACGAGACCUUCACGGCUAAGUAUGAUGGCGUUUUGCCCAGAACACCCUAAGUGAGACCAAAAUCCGAAAUUUACACCUCUAAGCGAGACGACGAGUAUCCCCACCACUAUCAUUUGCUGAGUCUCCCCUCCCCCGGGCUAGGAAAAUCCAAGCGUUAGGGACAAGUACAACUCUUUGCGUGUGAACUGAAUACAGAAAACAUAUGGCGCAAGGUUGGUCCGCUUUCUAGGAUGUUCCUGGUGCUAGGAUCUUGCUCCCUGUUAGUUAGGAAAAUCCAAGCGUUAGGGACAAGUACAACUCUUUGCGUGUGAACUGAAUACAGAAAACAUAUGGCGCUAGGAUGGUCCGCUUUCCAGGAUGUUCCUGGUGCUAGGAUGUUUCUCCCUCCAUGUAAACAGCCCCAAAGGGUCCCGGAGGGAUCCUAGCUGCCAACUGAAAUCGAACUUAAUUUUUCUGUUUGUCUCUUUUGCAGGCCGAAAAGAAAGGCGUGAAACUGUAA